AUGGGUUCAGGAUCAGGCCCCAAGGCCAAGCAUGUUAAUUCCCAUGCAAACUCAACGGUUUCUUCUCCCGCCCCCUCUUCUGGUGAUCAUUCAGCAAAAUAUGUUGACUAUACAGUCGCCGGACUUUUCGUUAUUGCCUUGCUUGCUGUAGCUGUAGCUGUUGCCCUCGCGUUUAAGAAGAAGAAAUCCAGAGAUGAUGCUAAUGGUGCAGCCUACAUGCCACCCCUUAAUAUUCAAGUCAAAUCAGGUGCUAAUGGCCAUUACUAUGUACAACAGCCUUUCGUUGCAAACAACUAUGGAAAUGGGAGUGCGAGCUCAGCUCAGCCCACAGCUGCUCAGAUAGUUUUCACCUAUGACAUGGUUACGGAAAUAACAAAUGCAUUUUCUAGUCAAAAUGUUAUAGGGGAAGGAGGGUUUGGAUGUGUUUACAAAGGUUGUCUGCCAGAUGGAAAAAGAGUUGCAGUAAAGCAGCUUAAGGCUGGCAGUGGACAGGGAGAAAGGGAAUUCAAGGCUGAAGUGGACAUCAUCAGCCGAUUACAUCAUCGACAUUUGGUGUCAUUAGUUGGUUCUUGCAUAUUUGAACAGCAAAGAAUUCUUAUCUAUGAGUAUGUUCCUAAUGGAACACUCCAUCAUCACUUGCAUGGAAUGGGAAUGCCAGUGUUGGAUUGGGCCAAGAGGCUAAAGAUUGCAAUAGGCGCUGCAAAGGGCCUGGCAUAUCUUCAUGAGGACUGCAGCCAAAAGAUAAUUCACAGAGAUAUUAAGUCAGCAAACAUACUCUUGGAUGACGCUUUUGAGGCACUGGUUGCAGACUUUGGACUUGCAAAGCUAACCGAUGCUGACAAUAGCCAUGUAUCAACUAGGGUUAUGGGGACCUUUGGGUACAUGGCUCCAGAAUAUGCAACAAGUGGAAAAUUAACAGACAGAUCAGAUGUUUACUCAUUUGGGGUAGUCCUCCUUGAGCUUGUAACGGGAAGGAAACCAGUUGAUCAAACUCAGCCAAUUGGAGAUGAGAGUUUGGUUGAGUGGGCUCGUCCACAUCUCCUUAGCGUAAUGGAGACACGUAAUUUUAGUGAACUAGUAGAUCCAAGACUCGAAAAACACUUUGUGGAGAAAGAAAUGUUCAGAAUGAUUGAGGCAGCUGCAGCUUGUGUUCGCCACUCAGCUCCUAGACGGCCUCGUAUGGUUCAGGUGGUAAGAGCCUUGGAUACUGGAGACGAAAAAUCUGAUCUAUCUAAUGGGGUGAAAUAUGGUCAGAGUACAAUUUAUGAUUCUGGCCAAUAUGAUAAAGAAAUAAUGCUAUUCAAAAAGAUGGCUAAUGGCACCUUUUCUGAUUCUGAUUUCGAUAUGUAUAGUAGAGAAUACAGUCUUUCAAGAGAGACCUCAAGAGGAUCCCAACAAGAAUUGAUCCGGAAUAGUUCCUGUGGCGAGUUAUAA